AUGAACUCCAGCAUUGAGACGAGCGGCCCCUCGCCAGACGGGAAGAUCAUUGACGACCAAACGACCAACGUCCUCUUACUUCUGAACAUCGUCUCCAUCUACGCCAUCGUCUGCUCGUUUGGUGUGUGCACAAACGUCAUCAAUUUGGUGGUCUUCGUCAAGCAAGGACUGCGAGACACGGUGAACAUGACGCUGUUUGGCCUAGCCAUUGCCGAUAUGGGGAGUCUGCUGGCCCUGUUGUUGAUGAGUCUCUGCUACAAUCCCGUGUUUCUCUAUUCCGAUAUCGUGCCCUUCAAAGCAAACGAAGUCUCGUAUCUUCUCUCGGGAAUGCCCAGAGUCUGUUUUACUAGAAUCAUAAGCUGGUGCACGGCAUUCAUAUCGUUUGAAAGAUGUAUCUGCGUGCUGUUCCCUCUCAAAGUUAGGACCCUGAUCACCCCUACGAGAACAAAGUGGGUUCUUAUCACGAUCUACGUCACAAUGGCCGCCAGUUUGAUUCCGGUGUACUACACAACGAGAAUGGACUGGAAAUUUUAUCCGGGGCGAAAUAAAACCCUUCUUGGACUUGUGUUUAUCAAGAAUCGUGAAAUGAUAGACAGACUGACUUUUGGUCUAGGAAGUUUCAUAGCUGUUUGCUCAUUUCUGUGUGUGUCUGUGUGCACGCUUGUCUUAAUUGUAGGACUGAAAAAGAAAAGUAAAUGGAGACAGCAGUCCACAAUGGCGGGCAAGUCGGAAGGGGCCAGCGAACGCGACAAGAGAAUUGGGAAAAUGGUGGCCAUCAUUUCCUCCAUCUUUAUCAUCACAUUCCUGCCCAUCAACGCCAUUCAGAUUGGCAUGUCACUAGAGCCAGAAUUUGGUAAAGGGAAACGCUACACCAAUAUCUUCCACGUGUCCUGGUCCUUUGCCUACAUCUUUGAGGCCAUCAGCUCAACUGUGAACAUUUUCAUUUAUCUCAAGAUGAGUUCGAAAUAUAAGGAGACUUUUUAUCAAGUAUUCCCCUUUUUCGUAAAAUCUAAAGAAAAUGAACAGAAAACGGAAGACCGGGAAUAG